AUGGCGGACGUGCUGGAUCUUCAUGAGGCUGGUGGCGAAGAUUUCGCCAUGGAUGAGGAUGGGGACGAAAGCAUCCAUAAACUAAAAGGAAAAGCGAAGAAACAGAAGGGCCGUGGCUUUGGCUCCGAAGAGGGCUCCCGAGCACAGAUGCGAGAGGAUUAUGACAGUGUCGAGCAGGAUGGCGAUGAACCUGGACCACAACGCUCUGUAGAAGGUUGGAUUCUCUUUGUCACUGGAGUCCAUGAAGAAGCCACUGAAGAAGAUAUCCAUGACAAAUUCGCUGAGUAUGGGGAAAUAAAAAACAUCCACCUUAACUUGGACAGGCGUACAGGACACUUGAAGGGGUAUACUCUAGUGGACUAUGAAACAUACAAAGAGGCCCAGGCUGCCAUGGAGGGACUCAAUGGUCAAGAUUUGAUGGGACAGCCAAUCAGUGUCGACUGGUGUUUUGUUCGGGGUCCACCAAAGGGCAAGGGGAGAGGUGGCCGAAGACGAAGCAGAAGUCCAGACCGGAGACAUCGUUGA